AGGGAAUUGCUUGACGCUCUAGAUAACAGUUCAUACUUUCUGCCAGCUCGUAGUUACCUGUCUCCUUCAAGAUUGUAAUAUUAUUUUCCUGUUAUUGCUUAGGGUACGCUGCCAGCAGAGGAAUAAAAGAUUCCGGAUACAAAGAGCGCAACCACAGACGUCCGUUUUGUUCUCUAAAGUUUUUUUUUCCCUUUUAAGGGUUUCUUUGCUGCAUAACAGCCAGGAGUGUUUAUUCUUAAGUACUCUGUAAAAUCCGUCGCGCGUCUUAGUUUUUGUUUUAUUAAUUUUCCGAGGAACACUGAUCAUGGAGAAAAACAACGCUAGAAAUUCGCCCAGUUUUGCCUUCCUACUAAUUAUUUUUGGGCUAGCGAUCCAAGAUGCGUUUAGCCAGAGGGUGAAGGUGCAGCCAGAAGUGGUGUCCUAUCCGGGCCAGACCGUCAGCCUGCAGUGCGAAUACCCCAACCAGUCGGGGACGGCACUCACACAGGUGUCAUGGAUCUGGGAACCAGCGGAUGGCAAGAGGGACAAUAUAGCUGUCUACCACCCUGAUUUUGGGCCCAGUUAUCCCAGUUCGCCUUUGAUUGGAAGGGUCACAUUUGUGAAACCCUCCCUUACGAACCCCUCCAUCACCAUCUCGGACGUGAAGAUGACGGAUGAGGGCCGCUACAUCUGCGAGUAUGCCACCUACCCCAGUGGCAAUGAGCAGGGCACCACCACACUCAUCAUGCUCGCCAAACCAGAGAACAAUGGCUCCGCCAUCACAGCUGUGGCAGGAAAUACUUCAACUGUUGUUGCACGCUGUCAGUCGGCCAAUGGCAGGCCGCCUGCAAAGAUUACCUGGAUAAGUCCCUUCAAUGGCAAUGACACCGUGGUGACCAAACCGGGCACAAGCAACACUGUGACAGUGAUCAGCGAGUAUAGGCUUGUCCCAACAGCAGCAGAUGAUGGCAAGGAAAUCAAAUGUGUCAUCGAGCACCGGACACAAAGCAAAAAUGAGGAAAUCAGCAUGAAACUGGCCAUCGAGUAUCUCCCAAAAGUGAGCAUUACAGGCUACGAUGAAAACUGGUACAUGGGCCGGAGUUCUGCCACACUGAUGUGUCAGGCCUUUGGGAACCCUCCACCCUCCAUCGCCUGGAAAACCACCUCAGGGCCUUUGCCGGCAAACGUGCAGGUCCAGGAGGCCUACCUGACCGUGCCAAAGGUGGAUGACACCAUGAACACUACCUUCGUGUGUGAAGCCACAAACCAGCGGGGGACAGCCAGCCACCACCUCACGGUUAUGGUCAGAGACGGCCCAGUGAACUCAUCCAAUGCUGGCGUGGUGGCAGGCGCCGUGAUCGGCAGUCUUCUGGCCGUCCUGCUCGUGGGAGCCCUGGUCGCCGUGUUGGUGACCCGCCAUCGGCAGCAUGGGCAGGGCUACCGUGGCAAUGGCAACCAAGGGACAUACGAGACCCGCAUCUUUGGGGGCAAGAAGACCAGCAAGAAUGGUACAGGGGGCAACAACAACGGUCCCAUCUACACUUACCGGGAUGGUGACCCUGAGGCCAUGACAGAGAAAUCCAACCACAUCAACAGGACGGAGGGCGUCAUGGUAACCACCCCCACCGCCCAAGACAUCCUGCUAAGUGGGGAGAUGGAUGAGGUGGAGAGGCGGAAGUUCGAUGACCUGGAAGACGCUGAGGAGGAGAGGUACGUUCAUUUUGGCGGUGAGGAGUCCAUCCUUCAGAUCCGGCCCCACGAGGAGGUGGGUGGCUACCUCGAUGACGACAUGGAGUCCCAAAGAGAUGGUUCAGUCAUCUCCCGGACUGCCGUCUACGUCUAGGGAAGGAGGUGUGGGGGAUGAAGAGAGGAAGAAGGAAGAGGAGGAGGAAGAAGAAGAUGAAAAAGACAUGGAAGAAACCAUCCAACAUUCUUCGAAAGGAAUCUUGACUUGCAGACUCUUCUGUUCUCUUAGAAGAAUAAAUGUUAGUUUUAAUAGUUUUUAAUAUUGAGAUAACCAGAUGCACCCCAGAAAUGGAGGGAUGGAUUGGCAGACUGUGGACUGGAAAGUGAAUAGUUUGGAUCCAAAAACCAAACAUUCAAGACCAUUUUUCCCCUCAGGCUGCUCAUUUUGCCCUGUAGAUUCUAUUACACACUGAUAUUUUGAGGGAGUGAAACCAUCAUUCACACCAUCAAAAAGGAAUCUGUGGCUGAUGUAACUACAAGGCUCAAAAGACACUAAAAAACACUUUUCGGGCUGCACAUAUAUGGGUGGAUAUAUGGCUAUGAUGUCACUUUCAGUCUAAAUGAUUCUCCUGUAUUGGGGCUGAUGAACAGAUUUUUGACCUAUAUGUGCACGCGUGCACACUCUUGUGUAAGGUGUGUUAUUUAUACAGCUGUAAGAUGCAGAUAUUCUCCAUCUUGGUGUACACUUCCAAGUUGGGAAAUACCACAAAGGUUAGGGAGACUGGUAGUAAUAACCGCAAUUGGAAAAGGGUGAUUCCAGUCUCGGCUUCAGUCACUUUCUCCCCAGACGAUGUAACAGGGAAUUUGAUCUGUAAUGAGGCGUGAAAUCGUUCCGGUUUUCAGGGAUGGACAGAUCGUCUCCACCGAUAGCCCCCAACAUGCUGGAUCUGUUUAUCGCUGUGAUUUAUUUCGGUCCACUGCGUUCUGGCGAUGUAUGGAGGCGUGUGAGCUUGCGGCCCUCGUGUUCAAGUAUUUAUAGUGGUGCCAGAACGCGCUCUGGUGCAGAAGGAACGUGUAAGGGACGUGUCGGCAUAGGGGGAACGAGUUCUUUACCAUUGUCGAGAUGGUGUUUAUUGUCUCAGUUUUCUUUCAUGUAAAAGGAUUUUGCUUGGAGUUAUAUAUAGGCGUUACAGUGAUGCUGUGGGGUCAGUUGUACAUCAGUCCUCAUUUGUUCGAAAUGACAUGGGGCACAUGGUUUGUCGCUGUGGGGAUCACAAUGAGAGAGACAUAUGCCGAAAUUCUGGGUCAUACCAAGUGCAUUAGGGGUCCUGGGGGUGGUUGGGAAGGGAUGAUACCUCAGUAUGAAGGGUGCUUGUGAAGAAUGGGGUGAUAUGUGUGUAGGGGGAUGUCUGCGGGUGGACACGCCUGCAAUGAACAUUUUAUGUGACAGCAUCGACCGGCACGGAUGUAUCCUGGCACGCGUACGUCUGCGUGCGCCCGGUGACCCCGCCACCGCUGCCACACAAACAUAUCACAGUUUGCACGUCACCGUUCUGUCACAAGAAAUAUAUAUUUUUUUUAUGUUCUGUGUUCGUGUGAAUGAUUUAUUUUUUGAAGAAAUGGUAAUUAUAUUCAUCCGUGAGAGUUAUAUGUAUAUCUUAGUGUAAGGUAUUCAUAUACAGUGUACUUAGAGUAAUUACAGAGUAUGUGUCACAGAACUCCUCGAAGUUUAUCACAUGUAAAUAAGAUUUAAAGAGUCAAUAUUGUAUGUUUGAAGCUGCAGUGAAUGUUCCAGCUGUUGUCCUUUUAAAGACCCCAUCAAAUAAAUAAACAGUAAAUAAACAAGGAAAAAUACUUAGAAUUUAUGGUAAUUGUUUGCCUUGAAAACAGCUGGAGUUGUUCCCAGUAAUUGUGCCGUUCAGCCUCCCACCCCCCCCCCACUCCAAAUGAACAGCCCAUUUCGGUUGGCUGGCUCCACACUCCGUCCUCCUGCUGUUUUGGCUCAGUCCAGCUCUCUGUGUAACUAAACGGUGCGUCGUCAUUCCUCAACCCCCUGCCCCUGAUCAACCAGUCCUAUCAUCGCAAUAGUUUAUUAUGUGACAUCUCUCAGAGAAGUCACGUGACUUGCCAAACCCCACCCUCUGUCUCUCGAUGCACUGACCAAAAAAAAAAAACAGAUACAUUAUUUCAGAGCUCUAAAAGAAAUGCCAGAGAUGGGCUAUAAUCCUUUCGCUCUGUUGUGUGGAAGGAGAUAGCCGGGGGGGUGACGCAGAGCGAGCACAGUAGACGUAGCGCCGGCCCCUCCCAUCGCGUUCAGCACGGGGCCUUGGCAUCGAUUGCCAGGCUGCGGCUUCAGCGGAGUAAACAAGCCUUAACCCCGCGAUCUUUCCAGACAAGCUGCACGCCUCUGUGUAUAUACCUAUAAAUACUGUACAUAAGUAUCAGACGAUAUCACUAAUUUAUGGUGUCGCAAUUCUGAGCAGGCAUGAAGGAUCCUUUCUGUUCUGUCAGUGCUUAUUUUUUCAUUUAGUUUUUAAGUGUUUUUAUAAUUUAUGACCGUGAUUUAUCAACUGCUGGUCUGCUGUUAUUUUCCAGUUAAAUAUUAAAGUUGUGUUCUUACUGGUAUGUAUAUCCUUGAUCACUGUGCAACCUUGUUUUUUUUUGUUUUGUUUUUUUUAAUUCCUCUGCUUUUUUCUCCGUCGUAGACUUGCGAUUCCUGUUCCUCGUGUCUCUUUGUAUUUCGUUGCAAUUAAAGUCUUUUUGGAAUUUUAAAAAUG